GCUGUCAACGCAAGCGCAAUGAACUGGCUAACUCUAAUCUUGCUGCCACUGCUGUGUGGCGCAAACACCAUCAAGGAGCGCAAUCUGUUUGCCACCGAACUAUUCCAGACGCUCGCCACCGAACGUCAGCAGGAGAAUGUAAUCAUCUCGCCGGUGUCGGUGCAGCUGGCGCUGGGUCUGGCCUACUAUGGCGCGGAGGGCACGACGGCCGCGGAGCUGCAGAAGACGCUGCAUGCCUCGGCGAAGGAGAGCAAAGAUGGACUGGCCGAGAGCUAUCAUAAGCUGCUGCACUCGUACAUCAAGUCGAAGACGGUGCUGGAGAUUGCCAACAAGAUCUAUACACGCGAGAAUCUGAAGGUGGCGCCACACUUUCGCGAGGUGGCUCAGAAGUACUUUGACUCCGAUGUGGAGGCGCUGAACUUUGAGCAUGAGAAGCAGGCAGUGGAGCGCAUCAAUGCCUGGGUGAAGCAGCAGACGCAAGACAAAAUCGAGCAUGUGGUGGACACUCUGGAGCCGGACACCAAUGUGGCGCUGGUCAAUGCCAUUUACUUCAAAGCGCGCUGGGCACGUCCCUUCAACGAUGAGGACACCAAGGAUCGCGACUUCUGGCUCAACGAGCAGCAGUCCAUCAAGGUGCCCACCAUGUUUGCUGACAAUUGGUAUUACUAUGCGGACUAUCCAGAGCUGGAUGCCAAGGCUAUUGAGCUGUUCUUCGAGAACAUCAACAUGACCAUGUGGUUCAUACUGCCGAACAAGCGCAGUGGCCUGCAGCAGCUGGAGAUGCAGCUCAAGGGUGUGGACUUCAAGCUGCUGGAGGAGCGCUGGCAAUGGCAAAGUGUCGCCGUCUAUUUGCCCAAGUUCAAGUUUGAGUUCGACACCGACUUGAAGCCGACGCUGAAUAAGUUGGGCAUCAAUGCCAUGUUCUCGGCUGGCGCGGACUUUAGCAACAUCUUUGAUGAAUCUCCCAUUGGCACGCGCAUUACCAAGGUGCAGCACAAGACUUUCAUUGACGUCAACGAAAUUGGUUGCGAAGCCGCUGGCAUCAGCUAUGCUGCUGGUGUGCCCAUGUCGCUGCCACUGGAUCCCAAGACCUUUGUUGCCGAUCAUCCGUUUGUGUUCGUUAUUCGCGAUCAGCACGCCGUCUAUUUCACCGGACACAUUGUGAAAUUCUAAACUAAGCUCAGCAUCAUAUUUUAUAUUUAUAAAAAGAUAUCAUUCCAUUCCAUUUUAAACUUUAAUAAACUGCACGAUCAAUUUUUAU